UAAGUAAUUGUUAUUCACAGCGAAUAUCAGUUACAUAUUCACAAUUUCACUUGUAAAUAUACCUUUUGAAAUGUUGUAAAUAUGCUGCGCAACGGCCAAAAUCAAGCGCACCUGCUGGCACGAUGCCUGGGACAAAUGGCGCGCGGUAUGGCCGCAUUAAAAAAAGGCACCGUCAAUCAGGAAAAGGCUAAGUCUAAGCUACCGAAACCCGCGGCCGUAGAGGUGCCGGUGGAAGAACCAUUGAAUGCUAAUUAUUUGGCCAAAACUUUGGGUAGCAAUUACCGUGCGUGGGUGGCUGCUUUGGAGAAGCAUCCCGAACUGAAGACAGUAAAACGAAAGGAUCUGCUCAACUCGUACGAAACUUUAAAAUCCCUGGCCUAUAGCGUGGACGACAUCAUAACAAAGCCCAUGAUCAUCUACUAUGGAGCCACCACUUUAGCUAAUCGCCAUAGUGUCCUCGAGGAGUGCGGCUUCCAGAAUAUCACCAUCCCAACGCUGUCGAAAUACGUGACGGUGGUCAACAAAUCCAUAGAAAUCCUCAAGGCGCACACAUACAUCCCCUACGAUGUAAAAGUGGCAGAACGCCUGGCCAGUUACUUCAUCGGCAUCCAGUUGCCGGUAGACAUGAGGGAUCUAGACAACGAAAACCUUACGUUAAAGAGUCUGAGGCAAUCUCUGCUGAACGCCUACCUACGCGAACGACUCCAGAUGGACGACGGUGAUCUACAAAAGCUGUGGCGCGUCUACUCCCGCAUACGACACAAGAGCUUUCGUGCCGUGCAGGACACCGUGGAAUUUCUAACCACGGAGCUAAAGUUCACAGCCGAGCGGCUGAGAAAAAAUAGUUUCCUGCUUUACGCGGACGCGGAUAAUGUUCGUCGUAUCCUGAAGGAGAUCCCUACGAUUGAUUCGCAAGAUAUCCGCGAUAUUGGUUUUCGGCGGCCAAAAAUUCUAAUGUCUACGUGCGAUAGCUUAAGACAGACUCUGCAGCACGUCCAUACAUUUGGGAUCGGCGAGGCUGCCGUUUUGCGUUGUCUGGAGGUGCUGACCCUGGGACCCGAUACGGUGUUAGAGCGCCUAAGAGAUCUCCAGGAAAUCGAGGAGUUCCAAGUGCUUGGCACCAAUCCGCGAGUACUGCGCCUGGUACACUACCAAAACAAAGCGCGACUUCGACUAGAUUACCUCAGUCAGCUGAAGGUGCGCUGCGCUUCUCUCCACAUCCUCUCCUGCGGCUCCGAGGCCUUUGCCAAAUUUGCACGAGAUGGAUCGGAUCGCACAAAGGGUCGCGAUAUAGUUGUUUAUUUGGGAAACAUUCUGUCCAAAGAUGAGCAAGUGUUACGCAACCUGCUCUCCCGCCAUCCUAACUGGUGCCACACACCGCUGCUGCAUGUUAAACAGUGUCUGGAGUUCUUGCGCAGCAAGAAGUUUAAACUGCAGGAAAUCUUUGCCAACAUCCACCUGCUCCUGUAUCCUAUAAAACGCAUUGAGGAGAAGAUGUAUCUACUACAGGCACCAGAUGCUCAGGAGGAACUGCAGCUGCCCGUGUCGGGCUUUCAUGAGCUGAGCAACAACGAGAUUCUUACACUUAUUCUUUACCUUAUCGAAUCGGAGUUCCACUUCACUGGUGACGGAAUCUGGACUGAACAGCAUUCGCAUCACGUAGAGAAUUUUAACAAUUUGCUGCCCGACUUUCCCGAAAGUCUCAAUAAGGUUUAUAAGUACGGCGUUAAGCCGGCAGAGAAGUUGGUUAUGCAGCAUUUGUAGAACAAGUGAAAGGAAUUGUAAAUAAAAAGUUUUUUAUUGAAAUUAGCAUC